CAUUGAUAAUGGAAUCUAAGAGUAGUGGUACAAAGAGACUUAUAUCAGUUGGAUCUUUGUCUAAUUUUGAAAGAGCUGAGUUUAUAUCUUCUAAAACUGAUACUAAGUAAAGAUUAGGAGAGCUCUUCAUUUAUGAACCUACUAAACUAGAGAGUAAUUAUGCAUUCCAAUUAUUACUUAAGUGUUUGGUUUGCGAUAAUAAAUUGUGAGUACAAGAAUACCUAAAUUUGAUCAUCCUAAACCUAUGUUUGAAUUAGAUUAUUAACCACAAAAAACAUUAACACAUGUUGCAUCUUAAACUGAGUGUUAAAAAUGCAAUCAAAGCUUAAGUAGGAUUAUUCAACCUAAAUAAAAUAUGGAAUCUUUACAUUUAUCUGCUCCUUCAUUAUAACCUUAUGAAAAAUAAGAACCUAAAGUUAUUGUUCCAAAAUAAUUAUAAAGUCAUGUUGCAAGAUAAAAAAAAAAAGAUCUUCCACCUAUUUUAUAAUAUUCUUUCAUUUCACCUCCACCUGACUUUACAUAAUCUGCUAAAGCUGUAAGAGAAUAAAAAUCUCUUGGAAAAUUAUCUUAAGGUAGAAUAUCAAAGAAAUUUGAUAAUGAAUUAGUCAAAGUCAUUCAAUCUGAACUUAGUAAAUAGCUCCAUAAAAUUGAAGAUGAAAUCUAAGAUAAAGGAUAUAGUGUUCCUAUUAAAUAUGUAUAUAUCAAUAUUUAUUAUUAUUUUAGUAAAAUCUCAAAAGAACCAAAUAAAUGACUCUUAGCAAAAAAAUUAAAUUAGAAAAAUAAUCUCAAAUUUUAAAUGAAAAAAAAACUGAAUCUUAAUUCUAUCUUCAAAAGGAAAAAGAAAAAGAAAUCAGAUAAAUCAUAUUUUUUAAACAACCUGAGAAGAGUCAAUCUCAAAUUCGCCUCUAAAAAGAAGAAAACAGUAACAUCAUAUUUGGAUAUUCAAAUAGAUAAGAGGAAUAAGCAUGAUUAUUCAUAUUUACUCG